AAGAGACGGACGGUUUUACCGAGCGUACCCAAGUCGCGCAACUCCCCAAAUUCGCGGCUACAGCUCGUCGUCCCGUCCAGCCCAGAUUCCGAAUCGAUUCUUCCGUACGACUAGCGUUCGCGUCGCAAACCGUUUCACGUUGUCGAAAUAUGGGCUCGAUCGUUCUAAAAUCUCUCUCAGUCCUUCUUGGUAUUUUUUUUGUCUUCGUCGGUACCAUGAAGCUGACUUCGCAUAUCAGCAAGGAUCUUCACAAGGACUUGAGAAAGGAGUAUGUCAAAUAUGCAAAGGUGUUCCCUCUUUCUGGUACCCUGGACUUUAAAGUACCGAGCAAAUGGUAUAGAAGAGUUGUCGGAUCGCUCGAGAUUAUCUGCGGACUUGCAAUGGCGAUAGUACCGAGUCACAAAAUAAAGAACGCAUCGAACGCGGUAUUACUGUUGUUGAUGUUAAUGGCCGUAUAUUCCCACUAUAUGGUAAACGAUAAAUUCGAGAGAAUUGCUCCAGCAUUGGUAUUCUUCUUCAUGCUGACAGGACGAUUGGUGAUAGACUGGCAACUUAGACGAGAGGACGCGCAACCGGUAACGGCGAACGGAGUCGACGACAAAACCAAAAAACAGGAUUGAACUCGUGUGUCAAGACUUUAUUUCG